AUGGCACAGGCCGCGUACCCACCGUCACGAGAAGGCAGCUACCCACACUCUCGUAGCGGUGGCCCCCCCGCGAACCCGAUGCUGCCCGAGCAGAUGAUCGGCAGCUACGUCAUUCGCGAGACCAUCGGCCGCGGUAGCUUUGGCAAGGUGAAGAAAGGGCGACACGUGCACACUGGAGAGUAUGUCGCCAUCAAGAUCCUCAACCGCCAAAAACUCAAGUCCGCCAACAUGGACAAGAAGAUUCACCGCGAGAUCGAAAUUCUGCAGCUGUUCUCUCACCCGAACAUCUGCCGUCUCUACGAGGUCAUCUCCACACCUACGGACAUGUACCUUAUUAUGGAGUACGUGGAAGGCGGAGAGCUGUACGACUACAUUGUCCAGAAGGGCCGCGUGCGGGAAAGUGAAGCGCGUUACAUCUUCCAGCAGAUCGUGUGCGCGAUCGAGUACUGCCACCACUUCCGCGUCGUGCAUCGCGAUCUGAAGCCAGAGAACAUUCUGCUGGGAACUGGGCUGCAGGUAAAGCUGAUCGACUUUGGUCUUUCGAACAUCACGAAGGAUGGCGAGUUCCUCGCGACGUCGUGCGGGUCGCCCAAUUACGCCGCACCCGAGGUCAUUUCAGGUAAACUGUACUUUGGCCCAGAGGUGGAUGUAUGGUCUUGUGGUGUCAUUCUCUACGCGCUGCUCUGCGGGUGCCUGCCGUUCGACGAGGAUAGCAUCCCGCUCCUUUUCAGCAAGAUCAAGAAAGGCAAGUACGCCAUCCCAUCCAACAUGCAGGCGGGGCCGCGGGAGCUCAUUCAGCAGAUCCUCGUCGUGGACCCACUCGUACGGCUCACCAUCCCGCAAAUCCGCGACAACGCCUGGUUCAAUCAGCGCCUGCCAAUGCGGCUGUCUUACAGUGAGUCCAUCUUCAGCGUGAAGGAAGACCGCAUUUUAUCGGUACUGGUGAGCGAAACAGCGAAGCGGCUGGGGGUGCGGGACAGAGAUGUGCGCAAGGAGCUCGAGCUCGGCUACGGGGCCGCCUUUGUCGCCUAUAAUAUUCUGUUGGAUGCACGGCGCCGUCGCGAGAUCGCGGCUGAAGUGCGCGAGCUUGGCAUGUCCGGCGAUGAGUCCCGCGGAGUGAACCAUGUCAUCGGCGCUCAGCAGACGAAGUUUCAGCCCAAGGCGACAGAGCGGGAGCUCAACAUGGGCCUCAUGCUGACGCAGAGCCCCGCGAUGGUGGUGCUGCUUGACGAAGAAGACGCCACGAGGAACAAAUGGGCCUACAACCGCGGCUGCUUCGUGCCCGCUUCCGUCGCAACCCUUGGCGACCCAACAAAGGUGAGCGAUACAAGCCUGAGCGAUGGCAGCGGCAAUGGUGGCCCAGGCGGGUCGAUCGCAGUCGGCUCCUUCCGUAUCACUUCGAAAAUGUGCUCCGGAUCCCUGGUCGGCUCCGCCAGCGUAGGCUCUUCCUCGUAUGCGCCAGGCAGUCUGCGCGGCGCGGCGGGGCUCACUGGCGGCAGCAGCAGCUACCGGCGUGCUGGCAUGCAGUGCAGCACUGGGGGAACCGCCGCCUCGCAGCUGGGGGCGAACCUGAGCGACCAGCCGCGCGUCGGAUCUGUAGCCCGCAAGCACGCCAUGUACACCGCAGAGGAAGAGCAGUUCAUUGUGGAGAACAACUACGGCUGGCGCAUCGGUAUCAUGACGGACUGGCGGGCAGAGCAGGCGCUUUCCGCCAUCUAUGACGUCCUGCGCACCUUCAAGAUGCAGUGGAAGGUGGUCUCGCCCUUCCGCCUCCUGGCACGGUCAACGGCCGAGACAUGGAGUGUGGUGGCGGACUCGACGCAGAGCCGCAACGCUUCCACGCGCCGAAAUACGCUAAGCACCUACUCCGUUGAAUCCUCUGCACCGAUCCGCAUUGGCUGCCGCAGCGGUGCCCCAGGGAGCGGCAGCAGUGACGAUCACGAGGACGGAGGCAUCGCUGGUAGCACGCAACGCGACGAGGAGUGCAUCCACUCACACAUCACCCGCACACGCCGGCCAGGCGCUGCGGCUCGCCGUUUCGGGAGUGCACCAGGUGGCGGCUUCACUAGCUCGAGCCAGGUCGCGCGCGGCAACUAUUUCGGCGGCCUACAGGGCGGAGACGAGGAAGCGGCGAUGGUCUCUGGAAGCGCGGCGUCGGGGAUACUGCAGUCAGCACACGUGAUUGAAAGCGGGUCUGAGUCAACGUCCUCGCCGCGUGACCCACGCAGCGCAUCGCCACCAGCGAGCGCCGCUGUCUCCACCUCCGCAGUUGCGGAACCAGCCUCGCCGCCGGCAAAUCCUGUCGUUCUUUCCCUCUAUUUCUUUCGCAUUCACGAGCGGCACGAUAAAGGUUACCUGGUGGAUUUCAAGGUCGUGCGCAAUGCCAUGGUCGCCGCGGACCUGGUGCUUCUCCUCUCUGAUGCGCUGGUCAGGAAGUUGGGCUAA